AUGGAGAUGGCACUCGCCCUGCCGUUAGUGGUGCUUGAAUGUCCCAAUGUGAAGCUUAUGAAGCUGGGUUGGCUGCACAUGCCAUCCUCCAUGACCCUGUAUGUGCUUGUCAUUAUCUCCUCAUUCCUAAUCACUGACAGUAUCGUUUAUGAUGUCAUUGUGGAGCCUCCAAGCAUAGGAUCAAUGACAGGUGAACAUGGCCACCAGAGGCCUGUCGCCUUCUUGGCAUACAGAGUGAAUGAACAGUACAUUAUGAAAGGUCUCGCUUCUAGUUUUCUGUUUACAAUGGGAGGACUAGUGUUCAUAACCUUGGAUUGUUCGAAUGCCCCCGCCAUUCCAAAGCUGAAUCGAUUCCUGCUUUUGUUCAUUGGUUUUGUCAGUGUCCUGUUGAGCUUCUUCAAAGCCUGA